UGUAUAGAAAAUAACCACACAAACAGCAUUUAAAUUUAUUUUCGAAAGAAAUCUUAAAAAAACGAAAAGAAAAUUUCUUAAAAAAAAAAGAAAAACGAAAGUAAUAGACGUGACUUUUUCACGCAAAAAGUGAAAACGAAAAAUAGAAAAAAAUCAUAUAAAAAUCAAUGGCUACAAUUAACGAACAAAAACCAGCCAAUGUUGAGGUGGUCAUUGACAAAAAGGCACAAAAGGCAGGCGAAAAAAUGUUGAGAGCCCAAAGGAAUCAAGAAAUUUACAAUAAUUUUGCCACGCCCCUAGUGGGCACAUAUUUGAAUUUAACCCAAGAACCGGCUUUAAUUAAAUGUCCCAGUUGUGGCAUAGAGGAACUAAGCGAAGUGAUGGAUGAAUUAAAAUGGUGGGCUGCGGAAAUGAAUCGUUUCCUAGGAUGUUUAUUUGUAACUUUAUGUUGUUGUUGGUGUCUGGACUAUAGCCUGCCCUGUAAAUCUAGCGAACGUAAUCAUUAUUGCAAAAAUUGUGGCUGCUAUUUUGGGCGAGCCAUGAGAGUCCCUCCACUAAACAAAGUCAAAAUGCGUAAGCAGUGAUAGAGUACAUGAAACAGAUGCUGCUAAGGCGGGCGUUGAAAACUAUAUAGUGUUCAGUUGGUUCUAAUGUAGCUAUAAAUUUAUUUUAUUUUAUCUGCUUAUAAUUUGAUUAUAUAUGGUGGCAUUUACUGUGCUAAAGAAAUGUUUAGAUUGAUCUACAAAUGAUCGCAUACAACAACAAAAACAACAACAACAACAUCAUCAAAUGUUUUCAAACAAAAUAACAUUUUAAAUUUGUUUCUUUAUUUUUUGUUAAUAUAUAAAUAAAUAAAUAUCUAUACAAUAUAAAUAUAUUUUAAAGAUAUGUACAUAUAUUUAAGUACGCUACAUAAAUAAAAAACAAAAUAUAAAAAUCUCCCCCAAA